AUGCCGCCGACACCAUCAACGAACAAGGUACCCGCUGCAAAGAUGGUUAGGGGAGGAAGAGCAAAGUCCAUCUCCAUGCACGAUGAUGCGAAGGACUUUACGCCGACCCAAACAGGGUUCACCUCCAUCCUUCCUGCACCCUCGUCAAAAGCAGACCCGGCGCCGCUUCUGGAAGAAUCAUACAAGAGCUUCCGUCUCAACUGCCUUCAACUGAUCGACUCGCGACGUUUUCACUACCUCGUGAUGCUCGUGCUGUUUGUCGACUUCUUCGGGAACUGCGUCGCGGUGAGUUUCACAUCGACCGACAACUUUGUCAAGUACGGCGGCACGGCGCGGCUAUUCUCGUCCGUGUUCACGGGACUGUACGCCAUGGACAUGCUUCUUCGCGUGAUGUCCCUCCGCGGUGGCAUCCUUCGCAACGCGGCGAGUACAGGGGACGUCGUCGCUCUCGUGUGCGCGACCGUCGCGCUCGGCGGAAGAUUUUGGAAAGCAGACAACGUCAAGAACGUCGUGAUCACCGAGGGAGAUUGGGUAGAUAAGUAUAAGCUCGAACACAAGUACAUUUCGAACCAAAUCGAGCAGUAUGUGACCGCCGUCUACUGCUUCUUCGUCGCCAUCCGCAUCGUGCUCAAGCCCCCCGCCCGCACUUUCUCCAAGAAGCUUCACAAGUAUGCCAACCACGACAACCUUCGCAUCUCCAUGGCGAGUCUCCGCACGUCCAUCCGCCGCAUCCCUGGCAUCACCGCGGUGGCGGUGGAAACCAUGGAGUUUGAUUUGACAAUUGUAUGUGGACGGGACGAGGGCGACAUGAGUCGGGAAGAACUGAUGCAAUUCCUGCAGAAAGCGCUGCUGUACCGCCCCAAGGACCUCAGCGCCAAUGCUUUCCUCGCGCAUCUGCGAGAUAUUGACGCCCAGAGUGCGCAUACUGUCUAUGGGGCUUACGAUGUGGUCAAGUCGACGUUUCGCCACUGGUCGAAUCAAAAACUAGACUUGGCGUUGACCAUGGUCGUGGUGGUCGUAUUCGCAUGUGUGACGCCUGCACUGGCAUACUUUCUCAGCGUGAUCACCGACCAAGCGUUUCCUAGAAGUGUUUACAGUACUGCGAUCCCGGAUUAUGUGGAAUCGAACGGGAUGCUGAAAAUGUUUACGCGCAUCACGUACAAGAACGAAACCAAAGACGAAAACCAGAAGAUCCAGUACCUCCCAUUUGUACCAGAGAAGUCGCUCUGGACGGGCAUCGCGGCCGUCGUGGGGGUUUCCGUGCCGUUUAUCGUAUGCGAUUACGCCAUGGGCUACUUUCAAUCCAAGAUGAUUUCCAAGGCAACGCAACGGCUGCAGCAAAGUUUGCUUCGUGUGAUAUUACACAAACCGACCAAGUUCUUUCAAGAACGUAACGACGGCGACUUGAACAAUCUGUUUCAGUCGGAUAUUGCCCGCGUGAACGCCAUGUGGCAAGCUGUGUUUUGGAACCUGAUGCAACCGGUGGUAUCGAUCGUGAUUGGGUUUGGGUACUUGGUGUAUUUUGAACCAAUCAUUGGCAUCAUGUCAUUUUCGUAUGCGGCGAUUCUCAUCACGUCGGGACCCCAAGGACUCGCAAGUGAAAAAUCGCAACAAUUUGGCAAAAAAAAUGCAUUUGUUGGCGCCGAGUUUCAAAACACAAUUGCGUGCCAAAAGGUGGUUCGAGCAUAUGAAAUGCAACUCCCGUUGCAGACCAAGUUUGCCGCAUCCAUUCGAGUACUUCGUGUGGCGCAAUUCGCCAAAGACUUUUGGAGUGGAAUUGUCCAAAUUUACAUUGAAAGCGCCAUGUUUAUCUUUGUGUCGGUCAUGACAGCAUGUCUGGCCAUCAAGGUGUACCAUGGAAAUAUCACCGCGGGCGACUUCUUUUCCAGUGUGACACUGUUGGGUCGAGUGUCCACGCCUGUGACAGUUUUGGGUGGGUUUAUGCGCGUAGCGAUCGGCAACGCCAGCAGUUUACAACGCCUUGACGAGCUCGUGGUGGGGGCAGAACAUAUUAUUGACGUGGAGGAAAGCGAGGAUGCCAAGAUGCCGACAUUGCCGCGCAUGCGGAAAGCUCUGACGCUGUCGCACGUUUCGUUUUCGUACUCCAACAAUGACGACAACAUCCCAGUCUUGAACGACAUUAGCGCAGUGUUCAAGCAGGGCGAGUAUGUGUGUGUGGUGGGGCCCAGUGGGUGUGGCAAAAGUACGCUAUUGAGCUGUCUGAUGCAAUUUCAAGAUAUCAAUGCGGGUACAAUUACUAUGGACGGGAUGGACGUGAAGAUGUAUUCCAAAGCCAGCUACAUGCACCAAACCGCCGUGGUAUUUCAAAACGGCGGCAUUCUCAACGGCACCAUCCUCGACAACAUUCGAUACGGCCGCGUGAGUUCGUCGGAUGAGGACUGCAUAGAAGCAGCCAAUGCAGCGGAAUGCGAUGGGUUUAUCCGACUGCUCAAAGACGGAUACAAUACGAUCUUGGGUCAGCAUGGAACGGUCCACUUGAGCGGCGGCCAGGUGCAGCGAGUGUGUCUCGCACGGGCGUUGGUCCGUAAACCGAGUUUACUGCUCUUGGACGAAGCAACCAGUGCUCUGGACUUUGAAACCGAAGCCCAUAUUGUAACGACGCUGGAAAAGCUGGCGCGGACGUGUCAUGUGACGGUGGUGAGUGUGACCCACCGCCUCGCCACCACGCGCGGCGCCGACCUCAUUCUCGUCAUGCAUCGCGGCGCGAUUGUCGAGUCUGGCACGUUUUCCCAGGUAUUCCCACGAUGGCUUGAAAUAUAUAUAUUUAUAUAUUUGAGUUCGAAAUAGAAUCAUUGCAUACUCGUCAUAAAGAUAUUGAAAUCAAAUAUCCGUUGCAAUGUGGACCUUCGACCAUCGAAUGAAUGUAACAAAUCGAUAUCUGAGUGAUGGAGUAUGCCUUGGCCAAUCAAUGGUCACGAACGUGAAAUUUCAACCAAUCAUCGAUGAGUAUAAUUUGUCGCUUCAAAUGUAGAUACAUUGCAUGAGUUUAAAAUCUGACUCAAAUUCAAUUCAAAUAUCACCGAAAUGGACAAUAUGUGUCGUUUUGAGUAGAAUAUAAGAUCAACGUACAUACGAUUUGGAAUCCAGCUAACGCUAAUAGUAGUACCUCGUCCGACAGUAUUUUUGUUGUUGAUCUUUGAUAUAGAAAAUGUGCAUAUCAUGACAUAUAUAUAAUCUCAAAUCCAACAAGUGGACUAUUUAAAUAAAUUAUUAUUUCUAAAAAACAAUUCCAUCGUGUUGACACAUUCAAUAAAAAUAAUAUAUUUAUAUAUUUGCGUGUUGUUCUAUUUGACGAAAAUUAAUUUUUGACACUGGCGAUUAUAAAUAGCUCAUGCACGAACCCAAGUCUCUGUUUGCCGACAUGAUGCAGCAUUGCGUGGACAGCACCAGUUCUGAUGAUACCUCAGAGGAAAUCCCUCUGUUGGAGAAUGUACAUUCCAUGCACAUGGUGGAUCGCGCCAACUUCAUCGACGACACCCAUCGCGCACUCACAGACUUUCAGCAAGCUUUGGAUCUUCGUGUGGACGACCAUGGAGAAGUGUCGAGUGCGUGGAAGACGCGCCUGCGCAGUGCGUCGCGUGGGCCGACGAAUAACACGCUUCUGCAGACCACAUUAUCCGCAAGGCACUCGGAAGACGACGGCAUGAACGACCAAGAUAGCUUCUUUGUCAUGUAGUACACAGUAGUAGGUAGAUAGAUGCAUGCAAAACGAUAACAGACACAUCCUCACCCAAGGCAACGUCGCGCAUGACUUCGGUGUAGAUUUCAACGUACGACACUUGUAAGAGGAAGUCUCAAUCGGUGGACUGUUGGAUGUAGCUCAAGAUGUGUCCGACGGCGAGGGGAAGGAUGCCCCGUUCCGUGGGCACGCCGCCGUGCAGUACAUGGCAAGAUGCAGGAGGAAACACCAUCAUGGUUGUCCAAUUGGUCCGAAGUUCGCUUGCACAGGUCCCUGUCUGUCGGUUGUACUGCGUACAUCGGCAUCGUCUGCUGGGUAGAAGCCCGACGGCGGCGGCGCCAUCUUGACACUUCAGCUUCGAUGCAUAGAC